AUGAUGAAAGGCUUUAAAAAUAGACUUUCAAGAAACAAGGGCCAAUCUACAGGUAAAAAGGCUGACAAAAAAUUAGAUAAGGAAAAGGACCCGAAGUCUGAUUCUUCAAGGAAGGCAUCUGGCUCGUCUUCUAUUGCGUCAAAGCUUUCCAGCUCGGGCUCUAAUGCAAAAUCUAGCUCUCCUUCUAUUUCUAGACACAAUAGUGGUAAUUCGAUAAAGUCCAACAGUAGUGGAGGAUCAGCUAAUGUUAUGGGACAAGCAUCGCAACUGCCCCAACUGCCAAAACAGUCUCAACAAGAUUCCCCAAGGAUUGUUAUAAAUGACAAUGAAAAUAAUGAUUCUCCAACGAUGGUGACAACCGCAGGUUCAAACACACAGCCUGUAACACCGACCCCCACAUCGCCUAUAACGGUAAACAACGCUUCACCCAAUUCAUCGAAUUCACCAUUUGAUCAAGUUCAGAUAAAGCCUGGCCAUGUUCCACAUUCACAGACCGGUUCGGCUAUUCACCCCCAUGGAUAUCCCCUUAAUACAAAUAUCCUGUCUCCAACUAGGGACAAUUUUGAUAUUGAUUUGAUAGUUACACCAAAGAGACAUUCCUCUUCUAGGUUUGAACCAUCUACGUCUGAUAGAUAUCAAGAAAUUGUUAAGUUACCAAACUUCGAUGAGAUUUUACCAGAAGAGCAAAUUUCAUUGUUUAUUCAGAAGAUUGAUCAAUGUAAUAUAAUGUUUGAUUUUAGCGACCCCACUUAUGAUGCAAGGGGGAAAGAGAUUAAAAGAAUUACCUUGCAGGAAUUGAUUCAUUUUAUUCUGAAUAAUAGAUUCACUUACACUGACGAAAUGUAUAAACAUGUGGUAGGCAUGUUCAAGAAGAAUUUAUUCAGGCCAAUUCCUCCGCCUGUUAAUCCAAUCGGUGAUAUUUAUGAUCCUGAUGAAGAUGAACCUGUUAGUGAAUUAGCAUGGCCUCAUAUGCAAGCGAUUUAUGAAUUUUUCUUACGCUUUAUCGAAAGCCCUGAUUUUACUCAUCAAAUUGCUAAGCAAUACAUCGAUCAUGAAUUUAUUUUGAAAAUACUAGAGUUAUUUGACAGCGAGGAUCCCAGAGAGAGGGAUUGUUUGAAGACCACAUUACAUAGAAUAUACGGUAAGUUUUUGAGUUUACGGUCCUUCAUCAGAAAAUCCAUCAAUAACGUUUUCUUGCAAUUUGUUUAUGAAACUGAAAGAUUUAAUGGUAUCGGAGAAUUAUUGGAAAUUUUAGGAUCGAUUAUUAAUGGUUUUGCAUUACCAUUAAAAGAGGAACAUAAAAUUUUCUUGGUAAGAGUUUUAAUUCCAUUACAUAAAGUGAAGAGUUUGUCGUUAUACCAUCCACAGUUGGCAUAUUGUAUAGUUCAAUUCUUAGAAAAAGAUCCGAUGUUAACUGAAGAUGUGAUAAUGGGAUUACUAAGAUUUUGGCCAAAAAUUAAUUCACCAAAGGAAGUAAUGUUUUUGAAUGAGAUUGAGGAUAUUUUUGAAGUUAUGGAACCAAAUGAAUUCCUCAAGAUUCAAAUACCAUUAUUUGCACAAUUACUGAAGUGUAUUUCAUCUCCACAUUUUCAAGUAAGUGAGAAAGUUUUGUGUUACUGGACGAACGAAUACUUUUUGACUUUGAUCACAGAAAAUGCAGAGGUAGUAUUGCCCAUCAUCUUUGCAUCAUUAUAUGAAUUAACAAAUGCUACUCAGCCAGGUAUAACAAACGGUAUGGUUCAGCAAAAAUUGUUAGAGAAUCCUGAAGCGCCAACUGAUGCUAAUGGUAAUUUGAUUGACCGUGGCUUAAUAUUGAAUGACUUGAACAACCAUUCAAUUGACCAUAAUACAAAUGUGAACGACCCAUUAAAUCCUAAUAUGCAUGACAUCACGGAUGAAGAGUAUUACGAUUCAUUUUCAUCACCGCAACAGGUCCAAGGUGAUCUUGAUGAAUUUUGCACUCCAAACCGAAUUCCUCCACACAACUCAGCUACUUCCAAUUGGAACAGAAGUAUUCAUCUGUUAGCAUUUGGAGCUUUGAAGGUGUUUAUGGACCACAAUCCUAUAUUGUAUGACCAUUGUACUAUGUUAUACCAUCAAUCAUUAGAGGAACAAAGAGCAAGAGAAGUUGCAAGAAAAGAAGGCUGGAAAAAGGUUGAAGAGUAUGUGAACCUGUUAAGAUCGCAACAAUCUAGCCUGGCAUUUUCUGGAAAAAACUCAAAUGAUAAUGGUGCUAGUGUUGCAAGUCAUUAA